AUGGAAUUAUAUCGAAGGCCAACAAUAUAUUCAAAUGGACGUCCGUCUCUCCAAGGAGACCCUGCAACAUACAGAUUUGCUCUUUUCCUCCUUCGCGCACUGGCUAUACUAACAUUCGGUGCAGUUGUCGGUGUAAUUGUUGGAAAUGCCGCACAUUAUGAAUAUUAUCCAGCAAAUAACAGAACAACCAUCUCUUCGAAUGACCUGUGGAACAUCUCGAUAUUCCAGUAA